CGUGACUUUGACAAGCCGAUAAUUAAGCGGUUACCAUCAUCAAGAACACCGACAUUGCUGUCCGAUCGCACAACCAUCUAAGAUGCUGAAGCACGUGCAGAUCUCACCGAUGCGCAGCCGGGCAGAUUCACUGUCGAUGCGUUCGUCCACAUCCUGCGCAUCGUCCCUGUGCGGCAGUCCGGAGCCUCCGGGCGAUCAGCUUCGAAGCCACUCGCGAGCAUCGAGCUAUUCCAGCCUGAACGAAACCAUUCCGCAGACAACAAUCAAAAUCUAUACGGCUUGUUUGCGGCAGGACAUCGAGUACAAAACGCUCGGGAUUUCGUAUGAUGCUACCAGCAAGAGUGUUGUACAGCAGGUGCUUCGAAGAUGUAAAAUGCGUCAUCGAGAUCCGCGAUUGUUUUACCUCACGAUGGAGGUCACUGUACGUCGCCCGGGUGUAAAGUCAGUUCUAGAGUUAGAUGACGAAGCACGACCAGCGCUACUGCAGGCCUGUCAUCCCAAAGGUGACUCCAGGUUUUGUCUGCAACAGAAACCAGGCGGUUUAAUACGGGUACACACCUCAGCGCUACAGCCCAACUCCCAGUACAAGUCUCUACUCAUCUCGGAGGAGACAACAUCCGACGAGCUUCUGUCGUUGCUACUCUCCUGCUAUAAUUCGAUCGAACCCGUGGAGCAGUUUUCCCUGUACGAAGUUUGUCCUGGUCAGGAGUACCAGCGCAAGCUACACCCGGACGAUUUGCCCCUCAAGACACAGCUUCAGCGCCAGCAGAAGGGCGAGAUUAUGCAUUUUCUCGUUCGCCGUAAUCCAAACUAUCCGCGCCGCCGUCAGCUGCUAGCCACCAUCGCCGAAUCGAAACACUUCAUCCUCAACUCGUCGCUCGAUUCGGCGAACGCUCAGCAUCCAACGCCCGGCAUGCACCAUCUGCACCAGCAGCCACAUCACCAUCACCUUCACCAUCAUCAUCGGUUGUCGCUUCACUCGGGCAGCUUCUCGCUCGGUCCCACCGGUACACCCACCAACACCUUCAUCUCGGACAUCGUAGACGGGUUGAGCUCACUGAACGACCUGCCAGCCGAGGCGAAGAGUUUGCGGCUUAAGGAGAGCAACUCCUUCCGGCCAGCAUCGCUCGACGAUUCGGCCACCUCAACCGAUUCCACCGACUCAACCGAAUCGUCUUCCUCCUCUUCCUCCUGCUCGUCCUUUUCCUCUCUUUCGUCAGAUUCUUCCUUCGAAGAACCGGACCAACCGAGCAACGAGGGCGAUGUUACAACGAUGAGUUCCUGUCACGCAGCACCCCCGGAAGUGAAAUGUAAAAACAGCGCUCAACACCAACAGCCACCACCCCGGCCAGCCAAAUCAUCCAGCAUGCUGGCGGCACUUAGCCGUCCAUCGUUGCUGCCCGCCUCCACGUUGGCCGCUCCGUCCUACAGUCCCGUGUACAACAUUCGCGAAAUUCGCACCGUCAGUCAGUCGUUUUCGGCACUCGGAAUCGAUAAAAAGUUGGCCGACAUUCGAAACAGCACCAGCAGCUGCAACAGCAACAGCGGCGUGAAAACGAACACCACCAACGAGAGCAGUGCGGUGCGAACGAGCGCUCUGCUGAAGGAGAUGGUCAAUACGGAUCCGGCAAAGGGUGUCGGUAACUUUGUCUACAUUUAG